AUGUUGAUCCACUUGCUGGUCGGUUUUUUCCCUAGGUUUUUCAUUUUUUUUCAAAUUUUUAUUUGAAGCUCUUGUCGGCCGUCGCGAGCGCAGUAGCUGCCUUAGUAAGGAUCUAAUUUUGGCAGGGCAAAAAAAAAAGGAAAAAUGUAAAAAUUAAGACCUGUCCUACGGAUGGAAUUUGGAGCGAGUGGUUUCCAGUGGGCAGGUGCACAGCUAACUGCGGAUCUUACGGUACUAUUACCUACCGUAGGCGCUGUCUCACCGAAGAUAAAGGCUGUCCAUGCACGUAUGUUAUGCUCAUAUUCAUUCAGAAAAUAAAAAAAAGCUCUAAAAAACGGAUUGAGAAUAACUAGACGCGGCUGGGAAAACAAUGUACUUCGUUAUUUUUGAAGUUAUUGCAGAAGCAAAAAGUAAAUGAGUUCAGAAUGGCGCUUUUUUUGCGGUUGCGUAGCGGCGUUUUACAAGAGGUUAUCACACAUUGGAACUUUUAUAAAUGUUUAAAAUAUCUUUUGUCCACUCGUUGACUUUUCUAUACAUAAUAAUUUCUCACAGUAGCUACACCUCGUAAGAGUUCUAUAAAAUGAUUGAACAUAAUUUAUUGAGGCCAAGGUUAUCCACUAAAAGCUAAAAAACACGACCAAGCCUGGACCGUUUUGACGUCGGUUGAUUCGUCAGAAAAGUUACCGAAAAGCGCUUUUGAUCAAAACUUUCUUGUAUGGAGUUCAAUCUUCCUGAAACUUCCUGCAAAUGUGAAGACUGUUAUUUUUAAAACUCUGUUGAAGUUUGAGUUCACAGAAAAUAAAACGCAUCUUCAGAAAGUUUCAGUAAGAUUUAUCUCCAUACUGGGAAGUUGCGACCUCUCGUAUCUUUUCUGACGGUACUGUAAGUAAACUAAAGCGUGGGUGCAUCUUCCGAAAAAAUAUUUGUUUUGAAACAUCCUCUCAUACUCAAAUCAAAAAAGAGACCUUGCAGCGGCGUUUGCGUGAUGAAGAACCGUUGCAACACGCAGCCAUGCGCCAGCGAAGACCAAAACUUGGCGCGUCAGCCGUGCUUCGACAACGGCUGUGAUCCCGAGUUUCCACUGCUCGUCGAUGGAAAGUGCGGACCUCAGAGAGACUGUGAGCUCAGCUGGCCGACGCCGCUUUGCGAGCCGGACCGCUGCGACUUUGGUGCUUAUCUUUGAAUACGUUGAUGAAGGAUAUAUCUUAAUUCAGACAACCUCUGGAACCCGUGGCAGGCUUGGAGCGCUUGCUCGAGCGAUUGUGGUCAAUGCGGGACUCAGACUCGUACUAGAACUUGCGCUGGAGAGCCUCACGGUUGCACUUGGUUGGUGGUUUUCUUGAAAAUGAGUAAAAAUAUUUUUUUCGAUGGCUAGUUCAUAAUCUGGGCUGGAGCGCGCGAAAUAAAAAAAUUGGAAAAUGUCUUUAAAUUGGCAGCCUUUUUGAGGGUGCAGUUCGUACACCCCGGGAUUGAGUCCAGCCCAAGUAUGGGCUGGUUCAAUCAACUUAAGGCUUUGAGAGCCUUAGAACUCCAAAAAAUCAUAAAGAACCCUCGGUUCCAGUACUGGAAAAACGAGAGAACAGCGAGUUUGCGGAAAAGCGGUCUGUGAAGACCGUCCCUGCUGCGUCGGCGUCGAAGUCGAACGCAGCGGACAGCGUGUCUGUGAAGGAACUCAAAUACGGUAAUUUGAAAAUCAUUUACGCUUGCCACAAAGUAACUACUUCAGGACAAGCAAUGUGCGUUAACCCCUCACCGACAUUUGAGCAGAAGUCAAUUAAUAUUCUCACGUCUGGAUAAAUUUUUUGUUCGAUUUUCAGAUUUUUGAUUUGUUGAGAAUUCGGUCUUCAGUGUAUACUGCAAAGAAGAACUGUUUUCCACAGACUGAUUAAUUAAAAAAAAAAGAAGAGGCCAAUCGCAUCGAAAUCGGCUAAAAAAACUUUUGGGAAUCAGGACAAAACCACGUUGUUAAAAGUAAAGUUUCGAAAUUCAAGGUUAUCUCUGAGUUUAGUUAUUGUUUUUGUAAGAAUACUUUCAUGGUCCUAAAUAUUUCAAGAGCAAGAAAAAUUUGCAAAACAGGAAAUAAUUGAUGAUAUAAGAUAAUUUGGCAGUUAACCGGGGAGUCCCGUGAUCGACUACUGAAGGAGAGCUAAACUCGUUAGUUAAAUUUUAAUUUUUCAGUCUUUGAAGUUUGUAAACCUUAUUCUAUAUGAUUGAAAAAAUAAUAUAAAAUGACAUUUGAGCCAAAUGUACUUACCAAUCCGUUUACUUUGUUCUUUCUGCCAUUUUUUGCAACAAACUAUAAAAAUAACUUCUUUUUUCCCACAUCUCCUGGGAGUUUUUUCUAUCAAGAUGUAGAUUCAAUUGUAAAUGACAACAUUUUUCGAGCUACAUUUUUCAGAGGUUUCAAUCAGUUUUGGGCGCCGUUUAAUCAAAUUUUCAAUUUAUUCACUAACUGAAUCGAAAAACAUAUACCGAUGAUGUUUGUCUUAACAUUUUUUAAUGCUCAGUUUCGAGAAAAAGGUCGUCUGAAUCAAAUAAGAUUUUCUUAUGUCAAAGUUCUGUCUUUUAACUUCAACUUUUACUUUGAAACUUGUUCGGCGAUGAUUUUUGUUUGAAUGACUAUUGUUUUUUUUUUUUAAACUUUGGAUUUGCCUAUAUUUUGCCUUUCAGAUAGUCACAAUAUCAACUGGUAUGGCUCCAGGUUCAAACUUUUCCUUUGACGACCUUGUUAACCAAAUUGAGAAUGAUACCGGAAGUGUGGAGAACAAGGUCAUAGGAAUAGUCAUUUUUGUGGUGGGUCUCAUGCUUCAAUUUACCUCUUUUCAAGGUGAAAAUGUACUUUGUGUGAAUUUCUGGAAAUGUUUAAAGCUUGAUUAUCGAACUAGAAUGACUAUAGAUUCAAGUCUAGUGAAAAAUAUCCAAAGGCUAUUUUUUUCUCGAAAAUCAUUCUUAAAACGUCGAAACCUAAAGUAGCCACCAAAAUUUUUCCCAGUAAUCAACUUCUCACGAUACAAACUGUCCUAUACAAGGAAAAGAGGGUAAUGUAAGGAAAGUGGAUAAUAUACGCUGAGUAAGGUAGAACACUUGAACUACCGGUAAUCAAAAAAACAGUUUCUAAUAUCUCUUGCCUAAAUUUUCUCAAGCUCCAGGUCGCUCUCAUCGGCUUCAUUCUGGCCGUCACAUCAACGUACCUGGUUUUCCGGGUUCAGUCGUUCCGGAAUCCAUUUGGCUACUUGUGCGCCUCGCACAUGAUCGCCGACGCCGGAGUUUUGCUGAUUUUCUGCGUCUGGUGUGCUCCGGCGGUCGUUUUGUUCGUUUUUGUUGGUUUACUGUAAUGAGAUUGCUAGUGAGUCGUGUUCUACGGAUGAAUCAGAAAAUGGAAAUUUUAUCUCGGACGUUGGUAACGCAAAACGGACAUGCUCCGGGGGUGUCUGGACAAUUCUAGGGAUCACUUAAGAGUGCUAACGCUACUAAAAUGCUCAGAAACGCACGGAGCAAGUCCGUUUCGCGUUACCAAUUUCCGAGAUGUAGGAUUUAACAAGGCAAACCAAUUCCUGGAGAAAUUAAUUUAGAGUUUUCAGUCAGAUAGCCCCAGAGAGCUUUAGUUCCAUUGUUCCAAACGGGACAAUGAAAAUUGAUUUUUGAAGUCUUGCAUAUUAUAGUCUGUGUGCCACAACUUGAAAUUUCACGGAACGACAUUCCGCUGUUCCGCUGCGUGCGCUCGUGAAGCGUCUUUCGAAUCUAGGUCACGUUUUCAAUUGAUUGUUAUUUCUGUGGGAGCACAUGAAAGUAGAGUACCUUAAUAAAAGAAAAAAAAAAUUAAAAGCGCGACCAAGGUUCGCAACGGCGCGCAGCCGCACAGCGGAAUGUCGUUUGGAGAAGUUCCAAGUCGUGGUACACAGACUAUAUCCACCAACUUUUUUUUUAAAAGUUGGUACAUAAUAUUCAAGGUGACUACUUGGAAACAUCUCUUAGGGAAUCUGUAAGGGAAUUUUCAAGUGACCACUGGAAUAUCAGUCUUUUCUUAGGUCUUCCAAGAAAUCGUUUCAAUAUUUUCUGAUGACUUUAUGGAACAGAAAAAAACAAAAAGCAUCAUUUCGAAAUUUCAUAUAAAAGUGAAUUCUCCAGUGGCUGGGACUCUUCCGGAAAUCUUCUCGACCGCAAAUUGGGCCAUCUUUCUCUAUUUUUCUGGUUCGCCACUCUUUAUGCUCAAAUCGGUAUUGCAGCCAAUCGGUUUUUAGCCAUCAAUUCUCCUGGAUCUUAUCGGAGGUUCAUUAUUGAUUUUGGAAAUAAAACUGGAAUUUCUUCAGAAUAUUCUCGAAAAAUGGGACGUUUUGGAUCAUAUCACUAAUGUGGAUGCUCCCUGGCUUUCACAGCAUUAUUUACUUUUUCGGUAAUUAUUAUUCUUGCGGUCUUUUUUGAAAGAUUCUUCAGAUGGCUGUGAUUUCACUUUUGAUUCUUCGAAGUACUACUGGAGUUUCGCCGACACGGAAUGCGGCGCUUUUAUUUCGUUCUAUUUGGAUUUUUUGUAUGGAAUGAUUGUUUGUAUCGUUGUAUUGAUCUUGGACAUUGCCACGAUUACGAAGCUUCAUCUUACUGAUUCGGUGAGGACUUCUACAGAUUCUGGGGCUUUCAGAGCUGCAAUAAACUUCUCAAAAACGUUUUUUUCUUUAAAUUUCUCAGAAACUGUUCGAUGAUCGUCGAACGAAUUCCCUAAGCCGUAUGGAACACAAGAAAAGAGCCGAACGAGAUUUCAAAUUUUUCCUACAGGUGUGAGUUUUAUGAUUUGGAAAAAGUGAGUACUGUUAGGAAUUUCGGGAAAUAAUCAAGUUUGUUUAUUGGCCUUAUAUGAACUCAAGGAACUACUCUAGGAAAAAUCUCUUUUUUUAUUCCAUGGUUUUUCACGAAAAAAAGCAAAUCAAACUAUGAAACUGUUGGGGCGCGUCGUAGCGCAACAGGUUGUGUGCCUGUCUACGGUCCACAGGGUCACAAGUUCGAUCCCCGCCCCGACCCAACCAAGGGGUUUAAGAAAUGUUGGUAGUGGGAAACCACGACUUCAUAAUCCCCAGCCGUCACACACAAGGACGGAUAUGUCACUGGAGCCAGUCCACUGAUUAUCACUGAUUAGGAUAGGACCUCGGCUAAUCGACUUGGGGCGCCGACACCGCUCAAGCGGUACAAAGGCGUAGGAAGAAGAAGAAGAAGAAACUAUGAAACUGUUCAGAUUAGGAAUCGAUGAAAUCACUUAACUUUUCAUCUGUAGCAGAUCGGAACUUUUUAUCCCAUCCAGCAGGUCCAAUGAGCUGUAGAACCAAAAAAAAAAUUUUUUUAAGAUGAAAUUGAAGGUUAGACUUCAGGAUGAGCUCACUAGAGCCCUUGAAGAGCUUCCCAAAACUUUUAAAAGAUGAAGAACGAAUAAAAAACUUUAAAUCAAAGCUGUCUGAGUGAUUUUGAAGUUCUCAGGCUAUUUUCAAGAAUAAAAUGAACUCUCUCAAACUCCUAAAACUGCUUGAAGGCCUGCCUAACCGCCUUUGUCUUCACGUCUAUGCUCAUCUCCUUCCACGUCGUCAGCCGUUUCACCGUCAGUACUCUUGAAGCCUUUUUCGCCACGACUUUUGUCUGGCUCCUGGCUCAUACUUUGGAUGGGUUAGAAAGAUUUUAGCGACAAAAAUGUGACUGAAAUUCUUUCAGAGUUAUUCUGUUCGCCUUCAACAGCGAAUACCGUAGGGUGGUCCGAAGGCCCGGACUACUGUGUAGCGGCGUUUUGGUUUCGUCAGUGACGACUAUUCGAGUUAAUGGAGGGGUGAGUAAGAUUUUAAUGAAAAAGAAGGUAGUUUCGAGAAAAAAAAGUGAAAAAACUUCCUAAAAGAUGUUAGAAUGAAAACACGGCAAAGUCCAAAAGGUCUCGAAAAGGGCUUUUGGAAAAAAGGCUUUAAAAGGUCUCAAAAGCGCUUUUUUUCUCUAGAUCUUUUUCUGAAAAGGACCUUUCAAGGAGGUGAAAAAAAUAAGGCGGAAAAAGGCGGAACCUUGUUAGGAACUCAAAAAGGAGCUUUAGACUCUUCUUUUUAAGGCUUUCAUGAGUUCGUUUGCAAUUCGCCUGUGAAAAGAAGCCGCUCUCAUUCUAAAUCGAUCAGCAAAAUGAAAAAAAAAACAUUCAAAAAGCCCCUUUACCUAUUUUUUCAAGAGAAACUAUCGAUUAGAGUUGUUCGAGUCUCGAUUUAUCAAGAUAGGUCUUUGAAAAUUUCUCUAGUCGUCUCGAAAACUCGAAAAAGGCUUUUCGAAAUUUGUUUCAAAAGUUCUACUCGUCUCGAUUUCAAAAAUCGCAUCUCGAACAACUCAGCUUCCAAGUAACCCCUUAAGAGUUAUUUGAAAAAUGGCAGCACUACUCACUCAAAAAGGAACUAUUCUCAAUUUCCCUUGAACUUAAUUUAAAAAUCUGCGUGAGAUUCAAGUGGCCACUUAAAAGUAAUUUAAAAACAUUUUCUUAAAGAUCACUCCAUGGGCUUCAAAAAUAGGAUUUUCCGUCAAAACCAUAUUUUUUCAGCCGCAGACCGUCAGCAAUGUCUCCACAAGCCGUACCAUUCUUCGAUAAUUUUAUUUCCUCAGCAUUAUAUUUAAAUAAACUUUUCAUUAACUUUUAUCUUGUUCUCCUGGGAAAAAAGGAACGGAAGUUCUUGAAAACUGAAAAACAAAAAGAUGAAGAUUCGUAGUUGUUUUUUUGUAUCUCCUUCCUCGGAAUAUAUAUUUAGGAACGUCAAAAAAAGAUUUUUCCUCGAAAAAAUGAGCAAUUUUGUAGUUCAACGUCUAUUUCGACAGCUGCUUUACCUCAGCCGAUGUGGGCGAAAAUAUUGAAGUUACAGGUAAUUCGAUUGUUGUUUCUUAGCUCAUUUGGGGUAUAUAUAUAUUCAAGAAUAGAUGGGAAAUCAGUUCACAUGUCUUCAAUGUCUCCUGAAUAUCAUUUUUACUUUAAAUAAACUCGCCCAAGUCCCCCUGACCUUUAUCAGAACGAACCAAGCGUAAUUGGCGCCCUCAUAACAAAAUAUUUUCCUCUUUUCCAUCUAAUAAGCUUCCCUAAGAUCACAAUACUUGAACUUAUUUGGUACUCCGUUAUAAUAAUUAUUAUCGAGGGUAUAAAAGAAGCUUCUUCUCGUUCUUUGAAGAUUUUUCAAAGUUUUUCCUUUAGAAAUGGAAGAAAGUUGGGCUGAAUGGAUCAACCAGCGAAUGGUCGCUUUCUACAUCAUUAUCUUUAAUAUUGUCGGAAAUUUCGGCAAUUUUCACGUCAUCUACUUGACUAUGACCAGGAAGGAGCUUCAGGGGAAGUCAGGUGAGAUUCAAGUGAAAAAAUUGCAACCUGUAUAAAUUUUUCACAUUUUUCAUAGUUCCAAAAUUAUCUUUUCUUUAGUAGUUUUGACAGAAAAUGCCGAGAAAAAAACCCGUUAAAAGUUGAUCGAAAUCGAAGCUUGGGAGAAAAAUCUUGCUGAAUGACCUGCGGAUCUAGAAGUUUCAAGUUAUCCUUAAAGCGCAAUUUUCUGAUCCGUCGCGGCUAUUUACUCCUCAAGUUCAUUUUGACUUUUCUUCUUCUUCUUUUCCGAGAAAAAAACUUGCGCUCACCAAUGAAAACUCUCAAAAAUCCGUUCACGCGUCAUUAGCGCAUCAAGAAAGAUUGGAAAUGUAAAAAUGUUUUUUGUCCUUGGAGAGCAAAUUUUGAAUUUUUCCGACCUUGUCCGGCUAUAGUUUAGAGAAUGAUCAUCUCCAGUUCAUAAAUCAAGCUGUUUCCAGGCUACCUCCAAGUGGCCAACUCUUGCUACCACGCCACCUGUCUCAUCUACGAGUUAUACAACGCUUACCUACUGAUAUUUGGGAUCCGUCUGAAACGCAGCGAGUGUUUCCAUGUCCUAUUCGGCUACGUGGCCUUCCUCAGCAUCCAGACGUGGGGGAUGCUCACAAUGAUGCUCGACAUUCUCUUCCUCAUCUUACUGCCUAUGAGGUUGGCUUUAUUUUUUCCCUUUUUUUCAUUCCAUCUUCAAAAAUUCCUCAUUUUUUCGAAGAAAAAAAAUGGCAAAAGUAAAUUACGCAAAAAAGGAUUCGAACCUGCAUCAUAGGUUCCAUAGCGCUAGACCGCUAGCCACUACACUACGCCGCCUGCUGGCAGCUAGAGUUAGCCGCCGCAAGACAUUCCCUCCUCCCUUCCAAUGCAUUUUUUGCGUGCAAACUUUGAGGCGCCUUAACCCGACUGGAAUCAAAGGGGCGCACUUUUUUUCAACUUCUUUGAAUUCAGGAUGUCCGAAAGUACCAAUAUACCAAGUCUCAUUAAAUUCCAAUACCUCGACCUUUUGCACUUCCCGUGUUAGGGGCACUCGAAGGUUUCCCUCUAGUGACCGCCUUACCUCCCCUACAGGGACUCUAAACCUUGUAAAAGUAGCCACUUUAGGGAGACCUACUGGUGGUCCUUAUACGUCUUCUGAACUCUCAAAACACGAAAAAGAAUGAAAUACAUCUAUAGAGACCAUUUAAGUUUUAGAAGGUUAGGGGUCAGUCUAAAUCCCUAGAGGAGCCUUUUUUCAAUUUUACCCCUCUAGGUUCUCUAACCACUCUUGCGUCCCUGAAUAGGGCCAAAAAAGUAAAACAUUAACAACUAAAAUUGUAUCUUUAGAUACCGAACCGCUCAAACGGGUCCCUACCUGGCUUGUAUGAUCAUCCCGGGCCUUUUGUACGGAGCUUUCUACGCCGUCUGGGGCUGGCUGACGCAGGACGACGAGAUCGUCUUUUUCUGCAAUCCGCCAGUUUGUAAGUCUCAAUUUGAAAACUUGAACUGGGGAGUUUAGCGAUGGUGCCGGACGUGAUGCAUAUGUGGGUGACGACGAACUUCACGAUCAAUUCGGUUGUUCUGGGUCUGCUGGUCUUCCUGAUGGUCCUCAUGCAAGUGAGAGGUGAGCUGAGAAUCGACUUCUGUUGGGUUUCAAAAGUUCAAAAGUUGUAAGUUCCUUUAGGUGUUCGACGUUUUAGGGGCCACUUAAGUGACUCAAAUUUAGUGGCAUAUUUAAGAGUCCAAGUGGUACUACUAGACCUCUAAAAACUACUGUAGGGGCCACUAAGAGGCAAGCUAGGGGCUUCUAUAGAGGUGGUUUUAGUGGCCACUUUAGUGUCCUCUCAAAAUGGUCUUUGCUGAGCUUCUUAAGAAUCCACUAGAAUUUUUCGCCAGUAAAUAAAUUGUUCAAGGCGGUCUCAUAAAUUUUAAUAAAAUUUCGGUUCAUUGUGCUAAACGGUCCUGUACGAAGCUAAACUCUUAUUUUUUAGGGAAAGGCCGUUCUGAAACUCAAAAAGUGGUUCGUCGCCUAAAAGUCAUCACGACAAUUUUCGUUUUCUCCUGGUACUCGGCCUGCCUGGGACAUACCAUCAUCAACAGUAUUUUUGAUGGAGAGAGCAAACUUUCAAUGUUUCUGACUAGUAACAUGGUUAGGAUUAUUCAAACUUUUGAAUUGACCUGAAAUCUUCAGAUCUUCUUCGUGUUGAUCAUCUACAGCCAGGCGUUCUACGUCAUCAUGUGGAGGUCCAAGGAGUAUCGGAAAGCGUUCACGGCGAUGUACGCCCAGUUCGCCGUCUGCCGCAAAGUGUUCGGGAUCGAACUACCGAGCAAAAUUGUUGUCACCAGCAGUGUCGGAAGGAGUGCUGGAAGGACUGGCCCUUCCGAAAUUCGAUAA